CAAACCCGGGGCGUCGUUUGUAGAGGUAUUACAAUUUCUUUAACUCUCUCCGAAUCCCCACAAAGGGCUUUUUAGUUGGAAUUUUACAACCUUACCUUCUUCACCAUUCGAUCUGUGGAAGAAGGUAGCCGAAAAAAGGCGUGGGCGUCUGAUUUCGACCAAGAAUGAAACAGAAAUAACAGCGAUCUACGCUCUGCUAUGGCUGAUCGUGCUUGCAGAAACUUUCAGCCAAAUGUAUUCAACAAGAGUAAGUGUCAAAACUGUUUCAAGCUACAGGAAGCACACAAUUCUUCAGCUUUCAGCCAAGAUCCCUCCUUUUCAAGUAUCACAAGGAGAAAUUCAACUCAAAAGGUUUAUCCAAGGAUCAGAACCGUGGUAAAAUCUGGCGUCCUCUGUAUAACAACUCAUGAAUCCCUUGACAAGGGAAGAGUUAGUCCUUCGCGAUGGAACAAGCGCUGGUUUGUUCUUAAUUCUACGGGGACACUCGACUUUUUUUUCUAUGAUGAACAGAAGGGCUCCUCAACAGAUCGACUUGAUGGAAAUAUUAAUCUGGACUUUUGUAGUGGAAUGUUUAUUGGUGAAGCAGAUACUGGAGAGCCUUUUUCCAUUGGAUUGAAGUUGGGAAAAUCCACCUAUUAUCUGAAGGCAGAAAAUCGCUUAGAGCUAGACAACUGGUCACGAGUACUCAAGCCUUUUGUCCAAGCAUCUCAAGCAUUUAUUCCACGCAGAAGCUCAAGCAGUAGUUCUGUUGAGUCAGAUGUGUUUGUGCAAAGUACAUCAACAAGCCUGGGACGUGCUCCAAGCUUUGGUAAAUCCUCAGUAUCCAAAGUGAGCACAACCCCUCUUAGUAAAAGAAGCCCCACUGGCAAUGAAGAACAGCAAACAUCGCUAGAGAAACUGAAAGAUGAAAACAAACGCUUGAGGGAACAGAGCGUGUUAUCUGUUAGGCAGAAGGAUUCAACGCACAUUUUAGAGUUGGAACUAAAGACAAAAGUGAGCAGAAUAAAAGAAUUGGAGAAGGAGCACUCACAGUGCCGCGACUAUCAAAAGGCACUGCUGUUUCAGGAGAAAGAACUGCUCGAGGCCAGAACUAAAAUGAAUGAUUUGAAACAACAGAUGGAAGAGAAAGAGAAACUUCUUCAGCAGCAUAAAGGCAAGCUGUCGAUUCAUGCUAAAGAACUCGCCGAGGCCAAAGCGGACUUGCAGGAAGCUAAUAGUGUUAUUGGCAUUCACAGGGCGAAUAUUGAAUCGCUGAAAAAUGAACUUACUUCUGUAAAAAAUAUCUCAGGAAGUGGGAAGGAAAAACUUAUUGUAACUGGCGAAGAACCGGAGAGUGAUCAAGUGUUUAGUUUGAAAACUGAGGCCAGUGGAAAUGAAGGCAAGGAUCUUGAAUCUAAACUUUCUGCUCUAAUGCAGAGACUAAAGCAAAAUGAACGCGAGUUACUAGUGAAGACAAGAGAACUCGAGAAAGCGAACGAAAGUCGGUCGAAGGUCGCAAAGUACACACGGUCUUUGUUGCAGGAAUUGGAGUCGAAACUGAGUAACUGUGAGAGAAAGCUUGCAGAGACCGAAAAUCAACUUGUAAACAGAAACUUAGAACUUGAAUACGAAAAAGAAAGACGGCUUAAAGUCGAGGAAGAGAACAACAAAUUGUUUUCAGAGCUUGAGUUGCUAUCGGAUGAAAGGAAAAAGGAUGGGCUUUCUAAGGAAGUCGUCGAACUUUUAAAAAGAGCGAAGGAACGAGUCGCCUCUGAAAACGUUGUACCGUUUAGAGAAACACCUAUGGAAACUGGACUAACGUCGGCGAUUCCGAAAACCAAAGGUGACGAGAAAAGAACUAGUAAUGGUGUCUCGUUUGUCGAGGAGAUUGAUAAAUUAAAAUCAGUUCUUGCUUCAGCGGAGAGUUCUUCAGAUCAGAGUGAUAGAGAGACGAGUGUUAGGUCGGCUAACAAAGAAACUGAUCGUCUUAAGGAUCAUUUGAAAGUACAACAAAGGGAGAAUGAAAGUUUACGAGUCGAAAGUAGCAAAAUUAAGGAAGAUUUGAAAAAGCGGGACGCUGAACUGGAUUCUUUGCGAAAGGAGCUGAGAAAGUUAGAGGAUAGAAACGCGGAUGUAGUCGAGAAAAACAGAGAAUUAGAGGAAAGGCUUCAAACUGUGGAAAGUGAACUCACAGAAAGUAUGGAACGGGAGAUAUUCCUUCAAACUGAGAAUGAAACCGACGAAGGUGAAAGAUGGGAUGUGAAAGAACGUAUUGUGGGUUUGGAGGAGGAGGUGUCAAUUUACAAGGACAAAAUUGAUGAACUGGAGACAAAAUUAGCAGAGAAGGAAUCCAAAAAUGUAAAUGCAGAGACGGACAGAAAUCAUGUGCGCGAAUUAGAGCGUCUUUUAAAAAUUAAAGAAGGUGAAUUGAAAGAAGUAGAGAGGCGUAGUUCUCGAAGAGAACGAGAGGUGAAGAAGGAGGAGGAGGCGAAACAAGAUGAAAUGGAGAUUAAAUUAAACCGAGAAAAACUCAGACUUCAAGAACUUGAAGAGCAGUUAGAAGAGGUUCAAAACGCUUUGGAAUCUGAACGAAAUGAGUCGAAGGUAAAGGAGAAUGAACUUGAAGAACUUAAGAAGGCAACAAAUCUGAUGGUGUACAGAGAGGACGCAGAAAGGCAAAUAGAUGAGCUCGAAUCGGAGUUGAAAGAAAAAGAAGAUAAACUCUCUGAAAUAGAAUCUUCUCUGUCCAUCGCUUGCGAGAGAAUCGCCGAGUGCGAAGAAAAAUUGAGAAAUUACGAAUUAAAGGAUAGAGAGUUUGGUUCAAAGAAAUCGGCUGAUCUGGAAAAGAAAAUUCGAGAACUACAAGAGGAACUGGAGAACAGUAGGGAAAAGUUGGCCGUUGCCGAAGAAAAACUGGAGGAUUUCGAAGUUGAAGAAAAACUUCUUGCUGCUGAGCUCCAGAAAAGUAAAAAAGAAGACGAUGACCAAGUUGACAAGGUGAGGGAGAAAUUGACAGAGGCAGAGGAAAAAAUAAAGAGGUACGAAGAUUUUGCUAAAGACAAAAAUUCUAAACUUAUUGCGAGCGAGGAGAAAGUCAUCGAACUUGCUGAAGAGUUAGCGAGAAGGCUCGCCGUAGAACAAGAAACAGCUGAGUGGAUUGAAGGUGUUGAAAACAAUCUUACCCAAACAGAGAUAGAGCUUAAUAUAACGCGAGAAAGUUUGGUAAACAAGGCCAAAGAUUUAGACAAGGAAAAAUACAGUAUUUUAGACGUUAUGGAACUGUCUAUGAGGUACAUUAAAGAGUUGGAGCUGGCUGUAGGCGAGGAAAGAGAGAAUGCUAAAGAGCUCGAGCGACAAUUGGAUGACGAAAGGGCGCGUGUAACUCAAAUGGUUGAAGAGAUCAAAAGCGUUGAGGGUGAAGGAAAUAAAAACCAAGAAGUUUUGAAUGAUAGCGUUAGCGUGGAAGAAAGGUUAUCUUCUUGCGAGAUAAGACGAGAACUAGAAUCCACUCGAGUGAAGCAACUCCAGACAGAACUUGAAGACUCAAAGAGAAAAUUCGCCGAAGAGCUGAGUUCGGAAAGAGACUCGCACGUAAAUGAGAUGAGGAAGUUGAAUGAGGAGGCUCUGCAAGUCUCCGGAGCAGCAAAUUCAGAAGCCGACGAGUUGAAAUUGCGGCUGACUUCCCGUGUGAUAACUCUUCAAUCGGACAUCAGCGAGUUGAAGGCUGCGCAUCAUCAGGAGUUGGAAAAACUACGGGCUCAACACAAGAAGGAACUAGCGAAUGCGAGACGGGAAGCCAUCUUGGAGACCAGUGCUCGAGAAGUGAUUCAAGAAACUGACGAAGACAUGGCGGCCAGAGUUAAGGAAGUGGAAGACGAGAUGAAAGAAAUGACAGAAAGAUAUGAAAGUCAAAUGGAGACACUUAAAAAAAGUCAUUCUCGGGAGAUGGACAAGCUCAAGCGGAGUAGCGGAGACGGUGUGGAUGGGCUACAGACAGAAGUGGUUCAACUUCAGGUUGAGAUGGAGAACAUGAGCCAGAAAUACAUGGAGGAGAUUGAGAAUCUCAAGGUUCAACACGGGGAAGAACUGGAACAACUCAAACGCGACAUGGCUGUUGUUCUGCAGGCGUCGCUAGGAGCAGCACCUUCCCCAGCUAAGGAUGACUCUAAUGUCCAGCAGCUGAAGAACAGAAUCAAUGAACUGGAACAAGAAACAGAAGAACUCAGCCGAAAAUACAACGAGGAACUCAAAGCUGAAAGGGAAAAACAACAACGAGACAUCGAGCAAACGCGAAAUGACAUGAUGACCGUGAUCCAGGCAAUUAGAUCGGAAAAAUACGCCGAUCAUGGCAGAGCAGCGUCUCCGCGCCUUCUUGAAGACCUGCCCGAAGAACUAGCCAAGAUGCAGCAAGAAUACGAGGAGAAGAUCGCUAAGCUGCAAGAAGAACACGAAGAAGCCUUGACGGAGGCGAAGGGAUUGAAGACAGUUCCAGCUGCUUCUAUCAACGGAGAACCAGAGAAUGACUCCCAGCUUAAAAAGAGAGUCAAGCAAUUGGAGGCCGAGUUGUUGUCGUGCCAGGAGGAGUUCCACAAACAACUGCAGCAAAAGGACACUAAACACCACGAGGAAGUGAACUUGCUGAAGGCCGACAUGUUGGUAGCUCUUCAAGUGGCUCGGAGUGGUAAUUUACCCCCAGUUGGAGCAAAUCAACCAGAUUCUCAGACUAUAAACAACACCAACGCCCAUGGAGGAACGCAGCUCUCCUUAGAGGAAGCUGGCGCGAAAAUCGCCAGUUUGGAAAAGGCGAUCGAAACCACCAACAAACAAGCUAAGAAGGAAAAAUCUGAUUUAGAAAAAAGCUUGAAAAAAUCCGAAGCCGCCACCAUGUUUGGACUGAGACGAACCGAAGAGAUGAGCAUAAAGAUUUACCAAAUGCAAAAAGAAAUGGAAGUUAUUGACCGUAAAUACCAAAAGGAAAUACAAAUGUACAAAGAUGCCUUUGAACGAGAAAAGGAAGAGAAAUGCCAGCUGGGGGACUGGGAAACCCUGUCCUCUGAGAACGACAGCCUGCGGCUGGAAAUCGAAGAACUUGAUUUGAAAAUCGAGGAAAUGGAAAAUACGCACCUGGCGGAGAUCAAUAUGUAUAAACAAAAGCUCGGCGAGGAGGAAAUGCAAAGUAUCGAGAGUUUAAGAUUGAAAAUUAAGAGCUUAGAGGAUGUUAUUGAGGAACAAAAACUAGAGCAUGAGAAAGAGUUAGAGGAUUUGAAACUGGAAAGAGACGCAUCUGUUCAGGAAUUAAAACGACGACACGAGAAGGAAUUUGAGAACGCCAAAAGUGAACAGCGAGUGGUCACCGUAGGGAGCAGCCAUGCGCGUGCCAACUCAUUUGAUUUGCAACAAAAAGAUCAAAGAAUUAAAGAGUUAGAGCUUAAAGUGGAGGAGCAGGAAACUCUUCUUGAGGUAAAAAGGCGAAGACACAAAGAAGAGAUAAAAAGUCUUCGUCAGAGAUUGGACGAAGAAAUCCAAAAGCACAGCGAAGAUGUUCGAUCCCACCGGACCAAGGUUCGGAUGCUGGAACGACGCAAAUCCGAACACUCGAUCUCUUUCGGAUUAGUAGACGACGAUUAUAAACGGAUGUACGAUGAACAACGUUCGGAGCAUAUUAAGCUUAAGUUUACUGUUGAGAAACAGAAGAAGGAGUUGGAGGAGUUGCGCACUGCUUUGGCUGCCAAAGAAGAGAAAGCAGCAGAGGUUACAGAGAGAAGAAAAGCCUAUGGAGAAUCACGGCGCCCUGUUUCAGAUUCCUUCCCAUCAGGUUUUUCGUACAGCCGCACCACUCCAGCUCAGGACUCCUGCUCCCCGCCUACCAAAGUGCCUCUGAGAAAAGUGUCCUCGGAAAACAAGUCGGACUCAGAUCCUGUGUGGAAGAAAGCGUCAGGGGGACCACUUGCAAGGCAGGCGUCCGAGGGAGGGGUAGGAAAGCAUGAUGUUGGCAAGGGGAAAUUAUUUACAAGGCAACUCUCUAAAGGGGUUGAAGCACCAAAUAUGGGCUCAGUAGCAGCGCGAGUGGCCUUGUAUCAAACCGUAGCUUCCAAGUUUAAAGAUAAAGAUGAGAAGACUGGACAGAGAAAGCCGUGAUGGAAAUCAAUUCUCGUCGAGUGACAAUUCCUCAUCCUCAAGCACUUUUUUGCUCAACAAAAACAAAUAUUAUAAAUUUGAAAUACAGUGUAAUUAUGUACAGGAAGAAGACUACAAAUGUAUGUAAAACUAAGGACUCUCCCUUAAACGAUGAGAUACUUAAUAAUUUGUAUACGAGUUUCUUGUAACGGAAAGUCGGAAUUUUUGAAAACAGUACAAAAUGUCACUUAGGAGUGAGCUAUUUCAGUCUACAGUUAGUCAGUCGAAAGGUAUUUUGGUAAUGAUAAUAUAAUAGCUAUUUUUAUAAGGUUCCGUGUAUUGAGAGAUUCUUGCGGGAACCGUUUCAAUUUAAGUAUUUCGUUUAGGUUCACCGGCGCUUGAGUUUAGUGAAUAAACUUAUUUACUCGUA